AUGCUCUCCUCCGUUCAACUUGUUCUCCUCGCUACCUCCGUCUCGGCCUACCCCUGGGUGGCCGAUGCGGUCGAGGGACGCCCCCUCGAUGAGCGCAGCCUGUCCGGCUUCUGGGACACGCUUCGUCUUGGUGCCAAGGACAUCAGCCAGUCCCUCGGCGGCGUGCUCAAGGCCCAAAACGACGGCAAGAUGAAGGCGCUCGGCGGCGAGAUCAAGAAGGGUGUCGACUGGAUCUACGCGCAGGCCAACGCCACCGAGGGCUUCGAGGGCUGGCCCAAGCCGUCGCUCCUCGACAAGAGCGCUGCCGACCUCUCCCAGGAGCUCAUCUAUCAGACAUACAAUCUCGACCGUGUCAGCAACCCGCCCAUCUGGCCCAUCGCCGACGAGGGUCACCCGUACGUCGCCCCCGGUCCCGGCGAUGUUCGUGGCCCAUGCCCCGGCCUCAACACCCUCGCCAACCACGGCUACCUCCCUCACAACGGUAUUGUUUCCCCCGACCAGCUCGUUCGUGCUGUCUGGGAAGCUCUCUCGAUGAGCCCCGACCUUGGUGCCAUCCUGACCGUCGCCGGAUUCGUCUUCAAGGGCGACAUCGACACCAUGAAGCUCUCUAUCGGCGGCCAGGUCCGCGGUGCCGGUGUCGGUCUCUCCCAGCACGGUACGAUCGAGGGCGACGGAAGCGUCACGCGCGAGGACUCUGCCCUCGGAGACCAUGUCAAGGUGUCUCAGCAGCGUCUGCAGACCUAUUACGGCGAGAUCGCCAAGUACGGCACCAAUGGAUACGACAUCAACCCCACCGUCUGCGCUGAGUCUCGCUACCGUGCUUACCAGGACUCGGUCCAGAACAACCCCGCCGUCGACUUCUCGUCCACUCGCCACUUGAUCGCCUAUGCUGAGAGCGGUUUCGCCAUGGAGGUCUUCCGUGGCGCCAACGUGUCGUGCACCGCCGAGACGAUCGACUGGUUCUUCAACAAGGAGCAGUUCCCGCCCGGAUGGCGCCGCCGCAACACUCCCGUCACGGCUACUGAGAUGAUCGCGUGGGGCAUGCUGUUCAACAAGAUCAAGCCGACCGAGCCCGUCCGCGGCCUCGGCAUCAAGGGCCACCCUGUCAAGGCCGGAUCUUCCUUCCUCUCUGAGGGCACCGUCAAGUCCAACAUUGAGAAGUUCUCUGGUGGCCUCAUCAAGGCCGUCCCCAAGGCUAUGAAGUACAUGGCUGAGGCGUUGGGACAGUCUGGUCCCCUCGCUGGCCUUGACGGUUAG